UACACUUGGUUGGCUUGUCACAAAUUGCAACUUUUUAUUCAAAAAUUAAUCCUACACAACGAAUAUCAAGAUGUGUGAGGUGGUGUUGCCCUGCAACUACAAUCCGGUAGCUUGCCCGAGCGUUCCCUCCAAGGGUCGACUGUUCACCAUCCUGAUGCUCUAUUGUUGGCAGCGGGAAUACGACAAACGUCCUUACAAACACUUCCAGUUCAAGAUUCUGGAUUUCGAGAAGCGAAUCGGAAGGCGCUACCAUUGCAUUCGUGAUUUAGGCCUGAUUGUGAACUAUCUGCUGCAGCGCCCCCAGAUUUCGGUGUCCAUCACCGGCGUGCCCGUCAGUAAUUGGGAUUCCCAUCUCUUAAAGGAGUUUGCCCACUCCUUGAUUCCCGCUUGGUACAUUGAACUGAAGCUUAUGCGGCUGCCACUUGAGUUCUUUGUGAUGUUGCGGCUUAAUGCAUCCCACAUGGAUGUCUGCAUGCUAAGUUUGGAGGGAACACCUCUCACCGACGAGGAUGUCCGAAUUCUGCGGGAGUUCCUGAUCGUCUCCCAGUCUCUGAGGAUUCUCAAUGUGUCCCACUGUAGCUUGACACAGUACAACUUCGCUAUGAUCGCCGAUGGGGUGCACAAGUCGAAGGGUGUGUACCAACUAAAUGCCAGUCGGCUGCUGGGAAUGACUCUCAGCCUGGACACGGAAAAGGUGAUGUCGGUGGUAGGGUCGCUUCUAAUGCACAACGGAUUGGAGGAACUGACUUUGGAGUUUUGCGAGUUAACCGCCCAGGAUAUGGAGCCCAUUGCCGAGUACUUGAGGAGGUUGCACUCGAACCUGCGGCGCCUGCGCUUGUCCUCGAAUCAGAUCUCCUCGGAUGGAGCCUUCUUUCUCAUGCGCGGCAUGUCCAUCGGCGGGAGGCUGGAGCUCCUGGACAUAAGCCACAACAGCAUAGGAACGCACGGUGGCGAGUGGGUGUCCCAGUACUUCUCCUCGUGCCGAAAGUUGCACGUUCUGCACCUGCAUAAUAACGAUAUUGGUGCUUCUGCCGUUAAUCAAAUUCUUCUGACCUUAAAAAAGAAGUGCAAGCUGGACUACCUGUCCCUGUAUGGCAAUGAAUUUGAUUCUCAUUCUGCCAAGAUCGUACGCCGUUUACUCGAUUCCGAGGUAAUGUUGCAAUCCGAGCUGGACAUCAGUUAUACCUACGACGAGAGUCUGCAGGACUACCGUGUUGUGCCCUGGAGAUAA